AUGGUAACGAAAAAAAAUUUUGGACCUUGCUCAGUAGAUAAUUGUACAUAUAGAAAUGUUAGUUUUCGUUUAAUUACAGAACUUGCAUACCAGAAAUGCCAAAAGGAAAAUACAUUAGAAACAUACCCUUAUCUUGAAAUAGGAAAACAACUUUGCCAUUUACAUUAUUGCAAAAUAGUGGAAUCUAAUAGAAAUAGAAAUAAAAAAAGAAGGUUAAAAAGCCAAGAAUGCAGUAGGAAGAAAGUCACAAAUGAAGAAGAAGCUUUGUAUAGAGAUCCCACUUUCGCAUCAAAUAUCAAAAUAUUAACAACUGUAUUAUUCAACAAAUAACGUCGAGAAUCUGCUGGUUUGGAAUUGGAUCCAGUACAAUUUCAACUUAUGAUUGAAGAUGCUAAUCCCGAAUUAAAAGGAUUCUUUCCUUCAAUGGUUAAUGCUAUUAUUCCUAAAGACCGAUCAGAAUAUAAUAAACAGGAAGCCAAAAAAUCAAUUGUUGCUCUAUGUUAUAUAAUUGCUGGUUUGCGUAACAAAUUCGUUAACCAAUUCAAGACAGAAGUUGGAUUGUAUUUGGUAGCAUCAGGUGCUACAUGGGAAGCUAUUGAUACAUUAUCAAGUAUUGGAUAUUCAGCUUGUGCUAAAACAGUUAUGGACUAUCAGAAGAAGAUUCAAUUGAAUCACAUAACCAAGAUUGAAGAUCACUUUUUAGAAAAGGGAGAUUGCCUGCAUAUUUAUAACAUAGAUGAUUAUCAUGACAUUCAUGAAAAGCGUAGACCAGAUACAGUGACAACAUCAACGGCAAAGCAUUUUUCUACUUGCGUAGCAAAACCUGUUAUGGAAUGCUUUGCAGUACCAAUUGUAUUUAAUGGAGUAUCUGUUCACAAUCCAAAUAAUGUUGAAGCACCAAGAAUUUGUUGGACUACUUGA